ACUUAGAUAAGAGAGAUUAUUUUUCUAAUAGAGAUAAAUUAUCGUAUAUCACCGUUUCAAGUUAAAUAGUGAAUAUAAUCCAAGUUUUUAAUAGAAGCGAGGUUUCGUGGAAACUUUUAUUUUCGAUUUAUAUAUAUAUAUAUAUAUAUAUAUAUAUAUAUAUAAAUCACAUCUUGUGACAUAUCCUGUCACAUGCAAAUCAGCAGACAGUCUUAGCUCGCUUAAUAGUCUCAGCGCUUCAGUAAAAAACAACGUCAAACAAUGGCAAGCACAAGAUUAACUCCUGAACUCUUGGCCACAAGUGAUGUGGCUGAUUCAAGAUUUGAUUGUGUUGUACUUGUGACAAACUGCAUAAAAAAUCUUGACGGCAAUCCUGGUUUUUCGAGUUUGAAAGAGACCUUGACCGAAUACAGCCAAGUUGGAGACCUGAAAGAAUUGACAGUUCUUCAUUGCAGUGCCUUACCAUCAAAACGUUUGAUCUGGAGUCCAACUGGUCCCAUUAAUAGAGAUUAUGAUGAUGUGAGGAGAUGGAGUGACGCAGCAGAAAAAGGCAUCAAAAAGUCUACAGCACUGAAGUGUAAAAAGCCGUUAUUGGUUCCUGUUGUAAAGGGUAGCUUUGAACAAUCUCACAGAGUUACCAUACUGGGAGCACUCCAAGGAUUGUAUGUUCCAAUUGAGAUAAGAGAGGAUGUGCCAGAGAGGGCUGUUAAAGCCGAAAAACUUGGAGUUUGGUUCUCAGAUGCUUCUGUUGCAGAUAAAGAACUGCUAGUAUGCACAGCUUUAGAAGAAGGAAGAGUGGUCACUCGAGACAUUGGUGGGUCUGACCCAGAGAGGAUGGCAGCACCAAAAGUGGCUGAAUAUGUGAAAAAAGUCUUGGGUGGUUCAAAUUCUGACAUUAAGAUAACUGUCCAGUCAAAUGUUGGUGAACUUGAGAAGAGCUAUCCACUCCUUGGAGCUGUUAACAGAGCAACUAGAAACUUGGAGCGUCAUGCAGCAAGAGUCCUCUUAUUGGAAUACACUGGCAGUGGGUCUACUGAAGAAAAUGUCUAUCUUGUUGGAAAGGGCAUCACUUAUGACACUGGUGGCCACGAUAUCAAAGCUGGUGGCCAUAUGGCUGGUAUGCACCGUGAUAAAUGUGGAGCAGCAGCAGUAGCUGGAUUCUUUAAGGUGUUAUCUAUUUUGAAACCUAAAGGCAUAAAGGUAACAGGAUCCAUGUCUAUGGUACGAAACAGUGUUGGACCAGAUGGCUAUGUUGCCGAUGAGAUCGUUACCUCUCGCUCCAAUGUCCGGGUUCGUGUUGGUAACACUGAUGCCGAAGGAAGAAUGGUGAUGGCUGAUUUGUUGUGUUACAUGAAAGAACAGGCUAAAGGUGUGAAAAAUGCUCAUAUUUUCACAAUUGCUACCCUCACAGGCCAUGCUGUACUAGCCAUGGGACCUGAUUACACUGCGGUCAUGGAUAAUGGCCCAGCCAAGAAGAAGAAGAUGUCUCAAACUCUCCAGGAUGUUGGACAUUCAAUUGGAGAUUUAUUUGAAAUUUCAAACAUUCGCCGUGAGGAUUAUAGCUUCCAUGCCGGUAAAUCUGAAUAUGAAGACGUUCUUCAGUGUAACAAUUUACCAUCUUCUCAGACACCAAGAGGUCACCAGACACCAGCUGCAUUCCUUAUUUUAGCAUCAGGAAUGGACAAACAUGGUAUUGAUUCCAACACUCCAAUUCCUUACUCUCACAUUGAUGUUGCUGGUUCCAGCGGACCAUUUCCAGGUGUCCCUACUGGAGCUCCUGUUUUGGCUCUAUCCAGUCACUACGUUCUCCCUCGUAUCUGAAAAAUCAUUCCAAAACAAAAUGAAAUACAAUAGAGAAAUAUUUGAUUUCCUUGUAUUAAUUCUAAUAAGAUUAUUUUUCUCGAUCUAUUUUUUGAUUCCUAUUUGAAAUCUUAACAGUAAUAAAGAUCACUCUUCAAAAUUU